UUUAACAACAAUAAUAGUUUGUCCUUGAGCAAGAUGGCGACUAGCCGAGUAGUUCAGCAGGGAGUUAAACAGGUUAAACCUCUGCUUUCUGUUGAUCGUACAGAAGCUAGAAGAAGAGUUUUGAAUCUUUACAAAGCUUGGCAUAGACAAAUCCCAUACACUGUGAUGCAUUUCGACAUCCCAGUUACAAUACCCCAAGCCAGGGCCAAACUGCGAGAACUUUUCUUGAAAAACAAACAUGUGACAGACAUCCGUGCCAUUGACAUGCUUGUCAUUAAGGGCCAGAUGGAUCUUGUAGAGACUACAAAUAUCUGGAAACAGGCAAACCAUGUUAUGGCAUAUUUUAAAGACACUGUCAAUCCCAAGCCAACAGAUUUUCUUUCAAAGUUUUAUGAGGGCCAGGAUUAGUUAUGUACAGAUUAGGUGAUAAUAAAUUGAUUUGAAAAUGUGACCCAUUUGUUUAUACUUGAAUAAAAUGUGAUUGAUCUUGUCUGAUGUGUUGUCAAGUACUGCUAGAUUUGUUCCUCUGGUUUCCUAAUGUUGUCAGGUACUGCUAGAUUUGUUCCCCUGGUUUCCUUGUGUGUUAAGAAAAUGAUCUGCUAAUGAAGACAGUAUUAUCUGUUUAGCACAGUCAUUAGUGUGGAAUGUUUUGUGAUCCCUGAGAGCUGCUAUUGUAUUGUGACAGGGGGUGUACAUUCAUGUGUAAAAAAGUACACAGGGUUAGUUGUGGUUUGUAUGCCAAUGAUAGGUGUUGGUGUUGCCCAAAACGUUAAAAGAAAAUGGACUAGUUGUACGUUUCCUUAGUUGGUGAUCUCCCUUACACAGUUCAUAAAACAUUGAAAGGGAGAUAAUAGUGAAUUCUGGUUAGGCAUUGCCUGGUGUCUGCCUCCCUUAGAAUAUUUUAAACCAGUACGAGAUGACAAGAUUAUUAGAAAGUUUCUACUGUUUUGUUUUUAACUGAAAGUGUUUAAUUUAUGUUUUAAAAAGCAACAAAAUUCAAUAUAAUUAAUAAAGCAUAUGUAUAUUA